AUGUUGAGGCCUCCAGUUGCUGGAAGAAUUCCUCAGAGCAGUGGCGGUUGGGCACAAGCAGUAGGCCGAAUGUAUGCACUAACGGGAGCUGAAGUGGCCAGUUCAGGUAACCUCAUCACCAGCACUUGCUUGUUGUAUGGACUGCCUUGCUGUGUGCUGUUUGAUUCGGGGGCAACACAUUCCUUCAUCUCGAAGGCAUGUGUUGAUAGAUUGGGUUUGACCGAGAGUGAGAUGCAGCUUGAUUUGGUGGUGUCAACCUCAGCAGCCACUGAGGUUAGGACGUCUACUGUAUGCAUUAUAUGUCCUAUUGAGGUAGAAGGGUACAAGUUUAAGGUAAACCUCAUUUGCUUACCUCUUCAAGGCUUAGAGGUAAUUUUAGGGAUGGAUUGGUUAACCACCAAUCACAUUCUUAUUGAUUGCGGAAAGAAGAAGUUGAUUUUUCCAAGUAAAGAAGAGAAGUUAUCACUAACGCUCGGUCAAGUGAGAGAGGAUAUAAUUGAAGGUGCCAUGUGUUUCCUCUUUUUGACACAUUUGGACAUGGUUGAAGGAGACCGUUCGGUACAAAGGGAAGCAGUAGGAAAUCGUUCGGUUGUUAAGGAAUUCCUGGACGUCUUUCCAGAAGAGGUGCCGGGAUUACCUCCCCGAGAGAAGUUGAGUUCUCUAUUGAUCUGGUGUUGGGAGCAGGGCUAG